UGCUUUCUCUCUUUUUAGCUAUAUUGCUAACUCUAAAAAGCUGCAAGCAGUGGAAUAUGUUUUCUCAAUCUGGCUGGAAAUUUCCUUGAAGCUGCAAACCGAUACGCAUUUUAAAGGGAAGUGGGACUUGUGUACAAGAAAUGUAAAAUCUGAAUAUUUUUCUGCUUUCAUUAGUAACAAGAAAUUAGUCUCUUUUCAGUGCUUUACCCAUUCCUCAAGCAACCAUAAUAAUGGAUCAUCCAAGAAGGCAUCUGAAUAGGCUAAAAAAGAGACGUUCAAGUCUUUUUGCGAGUGUCAAACUUAAUGCCAGCUUUUCACGGAGUAUAGAAGAAGAAGAGAGUGCCUUUCCGUUUUCACAAGACAGCUCUGUGAAACCUUGGACAUCGAUGGACAACCUCGAUACUCCAUCACCUCAGGCAAGUGACAAAAGAGAUCAAGAAAAGAGGAAAGGCAGUGAGACCGAAGCAGCAAAGAUGCCACACCGUCAUUCAGCUGUGAUCAAUGUUAACGUAGGUGGAAAACUCUUUACCAUUCCCAAGCACUUGGCUAUCAGAUACCCUAAAACCAGAAUAGGCAGCUUAGCCCUGUGCAAAGAUCCUGUCAAGCAGCUAACGCUCUGUGAUGACUAUUGUGUGCUCACUAAUGAGUUUUUUUUUGACCGGGAUCCCACUUUCUUCCACUACAUCUUCCACUUCUAUUGUAGCAAUGUGUUAUGGGUAAUGGAGAGUCUUUGCCCUGUCAAUUUUGAGGAGGAGAUGACGUUUUGGGGCCUGCGUUUGAGGGAAACUCCUCGCUGCUGUCGCAUUCUCUACGAGGAGAAACUAGACGAGAUAAGAGACCAGCUGAAAGUGAACCGGGAGCUUAUGGCGGAAAUCGAGCCCCAGCAUAAUGAGGAGGGUUUCAAAACAAUGAUCUUUGGAGGUAUUCGUAAGAUGCUGUGGGACCUGAUGGAGAAUCCAUACUCCUCGAUGGCUGCUAAGGCCUUUGCUGUGUUCUCCAGCCUCUUUGUGCUUAUCUCCAUUGUAGCGAUGACUCUAAACACUGUGAGCGAGCUGAAAGAUUAUAAAAUCUAUGGAAGAACCUACAUGGAGUGUGUGGAGAUCACUUCAAUUCUCUUCUUCACCUUUGAGUACUUCCUUCGCUUGCUGACAACUUGCGACGUCAAGCAUUUUCUGAAGAGCGCACUUAAUUUCGUAGACUUAGUGGCUGUCAUGCCCUACUUUAUCCAGCUGAUAUUUGAGGCUUUUGCCGACCAGGAAGAUCUCAGCGUUCAAGAUGAUCUGAAAACGAUGGCGAGGGUUAGCAAAGUUAGCAAAGUGCUCAAAGUCGUCAAACUCAUGAGAAUCUUUCGCAUUUUGAAACUGGCGAGGCACUCAACUGGCAUGCGGGCAUUUGGCUUCACUCUUCGCCAGUGUUUUGAACAGGUCUGCUGCCUGUUUCUGUUCAUUAUCAUGGGGAUCUUCACCUUCUCCGCCCUAAUGCACUCAGUGGAGCAGGAUGUUGUAGGAACACCGUUUAGCAGUAUACCAGAUGCCUGGUGGUGGGCAGCGGUGAGCAUCUCUACUGUGGGAUAUGGAGAUGUGGUGCCCAUUUCUUACUCCGGUCGAGUGGUGGCUUUUGGGUGUAUAUCUUUUGGUAUUAUUCUAAACGGGAUGCCAAUCUCCAUCCUGUUUAACAAAUUUUCUGACUAUUAUGCCAAGUUGAAGGCCCAGGAGUACACUAACACAAAAGUCCAGCGGGGUUUGAACCUCAAGAAAAGACUGCAAAGAAAAUUAGAGAACUGCUUCGAGCCUCCAAUUGAGGACUCUGAUGAGGACAAUAGGCAUCACAUUGACCAGUGUCAUCAGCGAACAACGUCCUUGUCACCUCGACUGCCUCGCUGCCCUUGAACAGUGAGCUCAGGUUCCCGGCCUCGAAUUAAAUCAGGAUUUAAAGGAUGGGUGAACGCCAGGUUAAAGAAAAUUAAGCCUUUAGCUUUAAGAUGACUUACAAAUGGCAUGUCGCUGAGGAUCUUCGGUGAGCUUGUGCUGAUUUUCAGCAGUCCCUGUUCAUUUGUCUGGCAAAAAGAUGGAUUCAUAUCAAAGGGAUUUACAUCACAGACUGAACACUAUUAUUUGCAUUAUUUGUAUUAUAAGGUCAACACAAACUAUUAGAAUGAUUUGAUCCAUCAUGGCUUCUCUGUAAGGUGGUGGAAUUGCACUUUACCGAUAAAAACAUACAUUAAUCCUGAGAUUCUGAAAAUAUUUUUUCCUCUAUUAAAACCAAAAGGAUUUCCGUGGAUCAAGUGAGACUUAUGUGGCCUUUUGGUGUAUUUGGAGUGUUGCUUUCAUAUAGUUUCUAGGUGAAGUGCAUUUAGAUACUAUGGCUUUCAUAUACUGAUAAAACUGAGAAAUAAUAAUAAUAAUAAUGAACAUUGUAUUUGCAUAGUCUUUAGUAAGCACUUUAUCACCCUUUCAGAUUAGCACUACACAUAUUUUGACUGUUUUUGAAGGUCAGAAGGGGGAUUUCCUCAACUGUUUAUUAUUUAUAAGACUCUGUCCGCAGUAAGCCAGAGCCAUACUAUAAUUUAAAAAAAUCUUGUUAAUAUCUGUUCCCCUUUCUUUCUACCCCAUGCAUUAUAAUCCUAUAUCCUUCCUUUAAUACAUAAUAUGAUCAUCAUAUCAUCAAACUUUUAGAUAACAAAGUCCCUUUUGCUCUGUUACAUAACAACAUAUUUCUGCAACUUGCAUAUACUGGAAAACUAGUAAAAGAUAAGACAAUUGUUUCUGCUCAUAAAAAAGAACUAGUUCAGCAUAUAUAUGUUGCUACAUACAUAAUUCACUAUAUAACCAGUAAUAAAAAAGCUGUAGGCUCCAUGAAACUACAUGCAAAUGAAACCAGUAACAUCUUCUGUAUUUAGCCCAUGCACAAUGUGAAUCUCAGAGGGGUUGCUUUCCUUUGGCUUGGUGUAAAAGGCUUUGUUUGUAUUGUUUUCCCAUGAACAUAUUCAUUUUUUUUGUCUUCUCUGAAAACAAUCUAAGUGCUAAUUGAGCACGUAAGCUACUGUAAGUGAGAAGUCAAGCGAUCUGACUUAAUGUCUAAUAGGAUUACAGGAUCAAGAGGACCCAUGAUGCCAGUGUUUUGAGUGAAAUGUUCAACUUCAAUUAAGAAAAUGUAAAGACAAGAGCCCUUGACAGCUGCAUGUUAGUGGCCUUUGUUGAACAGCAAAGGUCAUCCUCUGCCACUGUCAGCAAGGAUUUACUGCAUAACGGUCAAUUAUGGGAUCAUCUAGUGAAUUCAGACGACACUGGAAUAACUAAUGUAUCUGUUUGAUAUUUAUUAUAUAUUCCUUCUCUGUUGUUUAACCCACCCCAACAGCGAACACAAAUAAAUCAUCAGCAUAUCAAA